AUGAGCGACGCCGGCAAUGCUGAGGAGGAUAAGAAAAAGAAGGAAAGGGGACCUGUGGGACGAAUGCUUUUCAAGAUGGUAUGUUUUUUUCGCAACGAUACAAUUUCUUGUAGGUAUCAAGAUGCAGUUGAAAAGACUGUCGUCAGCUUAGAAUCAGUACUCCAGAACGACGCAAAAAUACUAGCCGAUGGGUCGAUUGAAUGUGCUGAGAAAAUGGAUCCAUACGAGAAAUUCGCAAAAAAUAUUAAAGCUUUUCGCCAGUUUCAGCCCGAAGACAAGAAGGAGUCAACCGUGACAGUUGAAGCUAUUGUUAAACGAUUGGCCCUAAUGCAUCGUGAGACACAACUUAAAGGCUCGAAAAUGCGUCGUUUCAUCGCGGGUGAUCGAGCGUCCAUGAUGGAGGAUCAGAAAAAGUUGAUGAAAGCACGAGAUAUUAUGGACGCAGCACGACACGAGGUAAAACAAGCAAGAACGAAUGAAAUGGUUGAAGAGAAAGGUAAAUUUUAUGAGCGUUGUGUUCAUGAGUUCGACACUCAAGCCGCAAAAGUUGCAUCGUAUCCCGAGAAAUUGCCCGAAGACAAAGAAAGUCAUUCAAAGGAAAUUCUUGAGGUAACUGCUAAAUUCACUGUUAUGUCCGCACCAAUCACAAGGAAUGUAUUUCAGUAUUUUGAAGUACUUUCAAACUAUCAUCGGAAUGCAGCCGCAAUGCUAUCAGAACAUUUACAAAAACUCGGGGUGCAAUCUCCUAUCGAUGCAGCUGCUUCUAUAAACUGA